UUAGCAUAAAUGUCAAAUUUUAAAAAAUAACAAUUAAUGUCUAUACACUAAAAUCAAAUAUUUUUCUUAUCUUAGAAUAAAUAUAUUUUAAAAUAAUAAAUCUAAAUAAAAAAGUAUGUCAACAAAAAAAUCUAAAUAAGAACUUUUUUGUAAAUUAAUAUCUCUAUAAAUUAAUAAAAUUUAAAAGUUUCAACAUUGUUAAUUUAUAGAGGUUUUACUGUUAUAUAUGUUUACAGCUCAAACUUUUAAAUAAGUCUUUAUUAAAUAUAUAUUCAAAAAUGUAUUUUCUGGAGGAAAAUAUAGUCAGAAAUGUUACCGUUCAGUUCACUCAUUGAUUUUAAAGAAACUCAAACUAGUAUGUUUAAUAGUUAUGAAUUUAAUAUGUUUUUCUAAUUCAAAACCAGUUUUUGAUAGUACUAUCAAAAUUUUCAAUGAAAGUUCUUUUUCGCAAAAAAAAUGUUAAAAGGGAAACUAAAGUAUUGUCGGUCGAUAUCGACAUUUGGCAAUUCAUAUUUUAGAUUUUGGACCAACAUGAUUAGUAUUUAAUUCUCUUUUUCGUGAAGUUUGAAAGAUUGAUUAAUUAAUUAUCUCUCCAUGUGUAUAUUCUUAACCUUAAAAAUAAACCUUAAUGGAAUACGUAAUCAAGUCCUUAAACGUAAUCUAGUAAUCUUCCCACUAAAAGUUACCUACUUCACCGGUAGAACGGAAACCAAAAAACGCAUACGACAUUUUAGUUAUUACUUUGUAAAAUGCAUAAUAUUGCAAUAUCAUGAUAGCUACUGUUAUGUAAAAUCUAUAUCAAACUUUUUUUUCUGAAAAAAAAAAUCUCUAUCUCUAUCAGACUUGAAGAAAGCUAAACUAACUAGAGACAAAAUUAAAAUUCGAGUGAGACAAAUAUGUAUCUUAUAGUUUGUAUUGAUUGUGCGGAAUGAAUAAUUUUAUAAUUAACCUACUACAGUCCAACCAAUUAUCCAUAAUCCAUAAUAUAUGUAUUUCUAGAAGAAAAGAAAGAACAUGUUACUAGCAAUCAUUUAUCGUACCAGAGCCGGUAACCCCUCUUUCUAAUGCAUUGGCUUUGUUCCCUCCAUAUAUUGACUUAAAGCUCCCUCUUUCUCUCUCGCUUCACAUCUUUACUACAUUUUUUUUCUGGAACAGAAACUACAUUGAAUACAAUUUCUUCCUUGUAUUGUUUAGAUAACCAAGUAAGAGGAACUAAAGUAAUGAAGGAUGAGAACAGCACGAGUGGGAUAUGCGAGCCGUGCACGUCUUUCAGAAAGAAGUGUAGCCACAUGAUGAAGAAUCAGAGAGGCAAGUUUUACAUCAUUGCCCAUUGUAUCGCCAUGUUAGUCUGCGGGCGUGAGCGUGACUGCGACCGAUACCGUGUUUCGAUUUAGGUUUUUACUUUAUGCAUUUUUUCUUCUUGUCUUUCUUUAAUUGUAUCUUCUUUGGUGGUUGCCAUUUUCAUUUUUCUUCUAGUACAUUUGGACUAGGGUUGGUAUUUAAGUUAUAUAUAACAUGAUGAAUUAAUGUAAUGCAUUCAUAGAAAUGCUUUAUAAAUUUGCGACUUAUGUCUUUGGGUUGACUUUGAAUGGUAGCUUCUGAAAAAGUUCUUAGUUGUUGUUCAAGUAACUAAUUAUUUGCUCUCUUUUUUUCUCUAACGCUUUGGCCCUCAAAAAUCUGUACUUUACUUGCAAUAGUGUAUACGAAAAUUUAAUCACUGUAUUUUAGAUAUACUCAGACCAUGCAUUGAGCCUCCGAAUGCUCAUUAUAUUGUCAUGAUUCAUGAAUCAUAAUAUAUGAAUAAAGGGACACAAAAGCUUGUCUUUAUAGCACAAUCAGUGAACUUAAAAGAACACUUAUGUUUGUGAUGAAAUACUUUGUUCUUCCAGUUUUACUUUUGAGUAGAUCAAUAUAAUAUAUACCUUAUGCAGGUUUAUAAAAACAUCAUAGAUAUUAAGGCCCUGACUUGAGCCUUACUCACUAAGAUUUCAUCUUCAAAAAAAAAAGAUCUUGAGGAUAUCUUAGACUUACGUAAGAGCUCAGACUGCUCCUCGAAAGAGAGGUGAAACCCACUUAUGGAUAUUUAAAUGAGAUCUAAAACAUGAUUCAUAUCCGUUUAGAGUCGUGUAGUUGCUUUGAACCCGAAACACUUAGCUUUCAAAAUUCCACUUAUCACUAGAUCACCAUGUGUGAUUUACAAAAUGUUUAAUUAUGAAAUAGCCAAAAAGGAAGAAAAAAACAACUUCGUAUCAACAGUAGUUGGUAGUCUAUAUUACAAAAUCAAUGCACAAUAGUCUCGUUUUCAGAGAAAAGAAGUUCAAUCACGUUGAAUAUACAAUGAUGAAAUAUAUAACACAGUGUAACAAUGCUAGAGAGAAAAGUUCUAUUACAAAAACAAUGCCAGAGAGACCCCAAAAAGGAAAAUAAAUCUAAAGGUGAAGAAGAGAGAAAUUAAUUAUGACAAAGACUAUGGCAGUGUUUCAGAAAGAAAAAAAAAAAGACAAAGACUAUGGCCUUAGAGAGUCCAUGUGAGUCGAGUCAAAUUCACACAAAUAAUACAAAUCGAAACAAUGCUCUAUUUUGUCGGUGUAGGGAGGGGUCAGAUGUUUGAUCAUGUAGUAGGUUAAUCAUGUAGGUUUUUUCAUUUUUUUUUUCCAAAUGAUUUAAUAUAACGUUUUGAAAAUCUAUCUUUAUAGUUUUUUUCACGCGUUCAUAAUUUAUUCCUCAAUGCAUAUAAUAAAGGAAAAGCGAAGGAAUAAUAGGUUGUGGAAUUCAGGACACGCACCAUCCAGGAAACACGUGAAUAUAAUAGUAUGAAAUAAGUUGUGUCAAAUCAUAUCCUUUACUGAACGGUGAUUGAAAUGUUUCAUUGUAAAACAUAUCUUAUGCAAAAUGUAAAGGCCUAAAGGGUACAUAUCAGUAUUUUCACUCCCAAUCCCCAAAAUAUAUAGUACUGAAGAAUUGAUAAUGGGAUCUUAAAUACAUAGAAAAUUUCACUACCAAUGUAGACUACAUUAUGUAGUCCACUGUUCUUGGUUUAUUGAUUUUGUUUUGGUUAAAAGCAUGUAGUCACUGUUACCACUACUUUAACGAAAAUACGACCCAACACUAAUAAACUAUAGCAACAAUUAUGAUUGCUUAAGCAAAAAAAAACAAUUGACUGUAUAAAAUGUGAAAAGGAUCCAAAGCCAAAAAUAAGCUAACAACCUAAACGAACCCAACAUCACGUGCAUGCUUUUGUUCUAAUUCUUGAUCGUUUCCGACACGCCGCAAGCGAUGAGCGAAAAUAGAUUAUUAAUUCUUAACAUUUUUUUCAAGAAAAAAAUUAUUUCGAAACAUUAAAGUCAAUUAGACUAAUUAGCGACGGAUAUUUUUUGGACUAUUAGCGAUGGAUAAUUGUCGGAUACUCUGGAAAAUUAAUCUGAUUAUUUAGUAUUUGAGCGUAUGAUGUCAAUAUGUGGAUCGUGAAUAUAAGUAGUACAUGCGUAGAGAACCGGAUCCUAGCGGGCUGCGGCAAUAUAAUUUUGUCAAAUGGCAGGAUUGAAAAGGUGUGCAUAGAUACUCGUGCGGUCCUUUCUCGUUACUUUUGUUAUUUUUCUUCUAAAACAAAAAAAAAAUGAAUAGGAUCGAAGAUGUUCUUAGAUAGCAUGGAUGCGGUCAUUAGAAUCUAGUAAACCAGCUAAAUAGUUCUUAAUUACCAUGUUCCCGGUCAAAACCAAUAUGUCAAUCAGAGCAUGCUAGCUAACUUGAUUCGUACGAAUUAACUAGAGAUAUAUGUUAGGAACUUAGGACUGUAAUUUUUUUUAAAUUUAUAAACGAAUUACCUAGAGAUGAGCUACACUUCUCUUAGUUAAGUACUUAUCUAUUAUGGCUGACUACUUUGGUUGAAUAGAUAGGUGUCGUUUGUCCCAUGUAUAAUGGCACACUGGUGAUGGAACAAUAUGGUCUGAGGAUGUUAACUUGCUACAGUUCCAAGAUCGAUGUUAUUGUAUGUAAAUUCUGAGGGUGAGCCACUUGGUCACUUGGCUCGAGUUUGAAUGGUUUGUUUAUGGUGGAGUUUGUUGAAUCAUAAAAUUCACCCAGAAAUUGGAUUAUCUAAAGAAAAAAUCUGAGCUAAUGAUCAACUAUGAAAAAUGCUUGUUUUAUUGAUGAUAAGAUUAAGAGUAAACAAUGAA